GGCCCGCUGCUUCAUGGUCAUAACAUUCCUGGCUGUGUCGACCUGUCCCGGGAUAUCAGGACGCCCCAACGUGGCGCCCACCAUCAGGGUAGACGGUCACCCAGAGGCGGUGGUGACUAUCAAGUGCGGUGAUGGCGGCAAGGCAGCAGGUGUGGUGGUGUACUGGCACACCCCCGUUGGACCCUUCCACUUACCAGGCCUCCACACAGAACUGAACCUGGUCCACGUGCGCCAGGACGGCAGUCUGGUGGUCCACAAUCUGAGCGACCUCCACCAGGGUUUGUAUUACUGCCUGCUGCAGCAUGACAACGGGGGGUCCACGCUGUUCCCCUACGAGCUACACGUGCAGGCAAAAGAUGGCAAACGUGGUCCAAGGUCCAGGAGGGCCCUGAGGAAACAUGAAGCUGUUUCUGAUAAAGUGUUUGUAGCAGCCGUGACGACGGCGGUGCUGCUCACCUUUGUGUUUGGGUUCAGCGCAGGAGCUCUGAGCAGGACGCCUCUUCUCAGAUGUUUGAGGGCGAUCACUAAGCGACGACGAUCACCACGGCAACACCGCCCUGACAUUACUAUGACGACGCUCACCAACUGUCCUUCAUCGCCAUCCUCACCAUCAUCAUCAUCCUCAUUAUCCUCCUUAUGUCCACCUGCCAAACCUCAGAGAAGAUUCCAGGACAAACGGAGCCAGGAUGAGAAGGAAGAAGACAAUCCCGCUGCCGCCUACCUGGAAACCUGCGACCACGUGGAUGACGAGAAAGGAAGAAUAGCAUUAAGAGGAGGAAGUAAAGGUGAAGAGGGGAGGAGGUGGAGAAGCAUGGAGGAAGAGAAGGAAGAGCAUGAAGUUCCUUCUUAUGAUGGGAUGAUGGAGAAGAAUGAGAAGGACCAAAAUGAAGAUGACAGAAAGAACAGAAAUGAUGAUGAAGAUGAAAGAAAGAAUAAGAGGGAAGAUGGAGAUGAAAAUAUAAUCAGUCAGUCCUCACAAUCAGACAAUGACAAUCAAAACCAGGAAGUAGAAUCAUUUCCUCACCCCCGCCUGAGUCGGGUCAUCCGCGUUUAUCAGUAUGACCAAGAUGGCCGCCGUUACAGCCACCUCCCCGACCCUGAGCCGGCCCCCACCGCCAGAACCAAGCAGCGCUCAAUCUCCCUAUCCCACCUCAACGCCAUCAUGGACGCCGCCUCCGCAGGGCCCAUGGACACCCCACCCCUCCCAAAAGACACUCUUUGACAUAAAGUUUGAAAUCAGGUCAGACACUCUUGAGACACUUCUAAUCUAUUUGAUCAAUCAAAUUAAAAGACAAACUGACUAAUCUGCAUUCUCAAACAAAAUCGUAAUUAAAUAUUAUAUUUAAUAUUUAAAUUCUUUUACAACCAGAUUAGACUAAAUUAGAAUCUAAAAAACUGAAUCUUGCUGUUGAUUUAA